GUUGUUCCGUUCGGUCGUGUCUGGCUUCUGAGGGCGACCAAGUUAGUUUGAAAUUCCGGUCAGUCGCCGCGGAGUGUUACGUAUUUGAAUCUAUUUGCUCAGGGGGAUCGAGUGAAACGGCAGGUGAAGAUUUCCCACACAGAAAAUUAAGCUCGAAUCGUGGAAAAAAAGUGUUCAACGUGGGUAUGUGUGCUGAUCGGAAAGUGAAAAGCCUCGAAAUGUGUGCCAACUACUGGGGCUUAGUGGUUAUCCUCAUGCUGUGCGGCUUUGCGGCCGAUGCCCAGGGGGGUUCCUGCCGGGAGUCCUCCCUCUGCUGCAAUGGCCGCGAUUCGUCCUGCGUGGUGCAAAAAGCGCCUCUGAAUGCGAUUAUCGAGGAUUUAAAUGAUAAGCCCUGUUACUGUGAUCAUGCCUGUCUGCGGCUCGGCGACUGUUGCGAGGACUUCAAGUCCCACUGUGGGGUGAUCGAUUGCGUCGUGAGCGAGUGGGGCCCAUGGAGCGAGUGUGACACCCACUGCGGAACCGGCAUGAUGUCACGGACCAGGAUAAUUGAACAGAAACCGCAAAAUGGCGGCAAACACUGCCCCUCGUUGGUGCAAAAACGGGGCUGCCAAGGACUCAAAUGCCAUAACCAUCACGAUCGGAAGGUGCUUCGCGAAACUGCCCUGCUGCUGCCAGCGGAUCUGUCCAAGAGCCGACACGAGAACGACACCAGUGACAUCCGCCGCAACUUGAGAUUGCGAUACAAAAACGCUUUCAAACACAACCGAGGAAACGAGUACUGCAUAGAGUUUGAAGUAAUUAAAGCAACCAAGGCCUGUCACCGGGACAAAACCUACAACUCCCUGGCCGAGGGCGACCGGGUGAUUGUACGCUGCGAGCUGGAGGCCCUGCACGAGGACAAGUCCAUGGUGGAUACGAUGGUAGCGGAGAUCUCGAACAACUCAAUCCUGGACGACGAGGACGACGAACGCCAGCAGCAGGAGCGAAAGCCAAAAUUCCGAUGUCGCGGGGAGGGCCUAACCGGACGCAGCACCCGGUUCUCCAGCUUGGCAUUGCCCUCCUGCCGAGGCAAGUGGAUGCGCGUGGCGGCCAAACAGCUGAAAAAAUGCUCCAACAUCGAGGCACAGUUCAUUUUCGUCUAGAUGUGGCCGUCGUCGCUGCUGCUGCUUGCACCCCACAACCCAUCACCGAACGAUCGGUUUGAGCUGGGAGGCGAAUCCUUUCGGCAAAUGAGAAAAGAGUAAAAACGCGGAGCCACGUGAAAGUGACACCAUAAAUGUGUGUAUCAUCGACAAUAUUCAGCUAUUGGGAGGGACAGUUUGGAGAAAGGAGAAAAAAAAUCCUAGAACUCAAUAAAGUCACUCGGUAUAAUAAAAACUCUCGAGAAAAGUGAAUUAAAAAAGCGCAGGAAGAAUUCUCGUCACACGAUAUGAGCACGAAAAGGCGACGGGAACUUGUUAGUUUUAGAACAGGUGACAGUGACAUUUACUGUCACAAGUUUUUAAAUCUUAUCUUGAUAGAGAAGAACAUGAAAAACUUAUCGAGAGAUUUUAUAUUUUAAGAUAGACAUAAGUAGAUAAAAAUCUUGAAAAAGCAGGACAGUGGAGAAUGAUCCGAGCUUGACUCGGUUGAUGAAAGUAAUAUCAAUCACUAUUUAUUCAUCACACGAAAUUAAUUAAGUGAAAAGUACGGCAAAAUACUCGAAUUAUAUAUGAAUUUAGAGAAACUUGGUUUUAGCGCAUCAUUCGCCCAGAAGUAUUUCGAUUAAACUGUUCUCAAUAUUAUAUUACUUCCCUUUUUUACAAUACGUAAAUCCAAUCUAAUUUAACGAUUUAAUCCAUUUAUCAUCUGUGGAACAUCCAGAGCCUAUAGAAGAGUGCCAUAUCGAACGAAUCAAACAUGCAUCAUUUAUUUAGCAAACCAAUUAGUUCUAAAACAUGUUUCUACUUAAAUCUUGAAAAGAUGGGAUAGUAAAAUGAUUGCAACGAGGAGUAAUCAGUAAAUAUCAUUAGGUUUACUUUUGUGGUUUAGUAUAAAAGUGUAAAAUAAUGUUAAAUACAAAUCUUAAGCUAAA